AUGUUCGGACUCUUACAACCUUCUGGUCAAUCCAGCUACUCCGGCAACACCCCCCUUCACUCACCUCCAGUCCACAAGGUCCAAUCACUAAACUCCCAGACGUCUCAACACGUCAGCUACCACCGUAAGCGGUCUUCAGCCGCUUCCACAGAUCGACCUCGACGCACCUCACCAAUCAACCUUCCUCAAUAUCCCCUCAUGACUCGACCGAUACGAGACGAACGACGUCUUGCUCCUCUCCCUCCCCUCUCUCAUACCUCUCAGCCCGGCCUCAGCUUGACAUUCCUCGCAGAUGCGGCACUGGCUGAUGCAAGGGGUCCUACCUCACUUCCCCAUCCUCAUCCCAAUGCAUCAUUCACCCUCCCUCCUAUAUCAUCCCUGAUCGCUCCUUUACCUACCCCUCCGGCGGCCAAUCCAGAUUCCGUAUUGUCAACUACGGCUACCGCACCGUACUUGAAUUCUUCAGGGUCAAUUGGUCAUGUAUCCAUGCACACACCACCAAUUUCAAGAUCUCACUCUUGGAAUGCAAACCCGGCCUUGGGAACCGAUCAACCGGUAAACGGUUGGUCAACUACCACUACAGCCGGUGGACCAUCAAGUGCACACAUGACUAGACAAGGACCCUUUCCCCCUCCUCCCGUUUCUCAACGGCCAUUGAAAAGGGAAAAACAGAGAAAGCAAACGCAAUCUCGAGCACGAGCCACUACCUCCGCGGUCCAACUGGAAUAUAACGUUCGACCGUAUAAUCGCAUGACCGCUUCGACAUCUUCAGUAGCGGCACCGUCUAGACAACAUUCGACGGCUCAUGCGGCCACUCGAACUCAGCCAUCCCGUUCGUCCAAAGCAAAAUUACCUCAUCCUCUACAAGGUUUGACUUUGGACAAAACGUAUCCUGAGAGAAAAGUGGAGGAUUGGCAUAACGAUGCUCAAAACCUUCUUCGGCCCCCUCGACCUCGACCAAAUCCUAUCCCUCCAACAUCGUUAAAUCACCAUUCAGCUGCUCAAUCGCUGAAUCCACCACCACCACCACCACCACCACCACCACCACCUCAUAGUCUCACUCCGACGACGGGCAAGAAGAUUCACCCUCCGGUCGAAUCAUGGGAAAACUAUACUCUUCCCCAAAUGCCAGGUGGACCACCAUGCUUACCUCAAUUCCAACCUGUUCCAGCUCCCGUAUACCCUCGUCCGUCAGCCAGAAGACACCAAUCUUGCACCUCGGUCAGUGGUACAAGCUGGAACAGCAACAACAUUACCAAUGCACAUACACAUAACGCUAGUCCAGGUCAAGACCACUCGUAUGUGUUCGUAACCGAAAAUCCAGAAGUAUUCACUCGAUCGAGACAUAGAGCUCCUCCUAUCUCUGACAAUAUCAGACCCGCUGCUUAUGCUAUGCAAAGGAUUCAAUCGGCCCAUACCACCCAAUAUACCCAUACUAGAUUACCGGUCGCUAAGACUAUCAGUGAACCCAACUCACCCAACGGGAAGAACGAGAUCAAGGAGGAUGGUCAGAUCGGUGGCAGCUUACCUACUCCGAUCACUGCUUCUAUGGACACUCGGUGGAAUACACCUCAGCUGGAGGUAGCUCCUUCAUCUACUUUUCGACAUGAAGGGCUCUCCCUACCUCAAGUACAAACUCCCACACCACCUUUGCUCGAACCCAUCUCAUCUCAUCGUACCAGCCCCAUCGUACCUAUGGAGGCUGACCGUCAAUCCACUUCACCGAGCUUUCCGCCUACCAGAGAUAUCACCCCUAUCGACCAAGAAAUGCGGAACUACCCAAACUCUCCUGCUCCUAACAUCUGUGCUGAAUCGCCUUGUGGAUCUUUCAGACCUCCAGAGAGUGUGGGACAGCCAGAGCUGGAAGCUGGUGAAUCAUCUUACUCGGAAUCUAAUUCCGAGCCAGUAUCAGAGGACAAUCAAGAUCAAGUAGAUGUCGAUGGACACGAUAGAGAUGUAGAAAUACAAGUAAGAUCUUGUGGUGAUGGGGAGGAAGAGGAAGGUGAAGGUGAAUCGUAUUCGAAUUUCGGUAGAAGUUCAAUACCCAAUGGUUCUUCUGCGAUCUCAUCAAAUUCAAGUGUCAGAGCAAGAUCGAGCUCGCAGUCUACCCAUACCAGCGAGAUGAUCAAGUAUGAACAUCCAUCUUCAGGUUCUUCAUCAGCUUCGUCUCCCACCUCAACGACGGAAUCUACUUCAUGUUUCUCUCCUGGUAAGACUGCUAGCAAGAAACCACGUACGAAAUCCAAGAAGGUGAAGAAAAGCGAUACUGCAGCUAAGGGGAAAGGUAAAGGGAAGGGUAGAUCAAACGAUAACAGAUCGACAUCCACUUCUGUCUCUGCGAAUUCAACUGCGAAUGGGAAUGGGAAUGGCCAAAGAAGGAAUGGAGAGAGAAGGAGAGAACAAAAUGCUGUUGCGCAAAAGAAAUUCAGAUGGAAGAAGAAACAGAUGGCUGCUAAGAUGGAAGCAGAUCUCGAAUCUGCCACUGCGUUGGCCUCAUCCCUUCAGAAACAAGUAGCUGAGAAAGAUCAAUUGGUCAAUAAGUUGAAAGGUGAAGUAGGAAGUCUGAAAAGGAAAUUGAAGACUCUCGAAGCAUGA